ACUUACAUUUUCACUUAGUUUCUGUGGCCAGGUGAGCAUUUUCGAAAAAAAAUAAUAAAACUGUGCCUUUUAUUAGUCAUGCUAAUGGAUUGGUCCAUCUUCAAAAUUUGAUCAUAAUACUAACUAAAGAAAUUUGAUGAAAAUUUCGUGUUAAAUUUACAAUUUAUGUGUUCUAAUUUAACCAUAUGGCAGACAGUUUGUUAUUUGAUUCUUAAAAAGAAUGAUAGUUUCUAUUUACUGACUAAAUUAUACUUAUCAAAUGCAUUGGAACCAUUAUUAACAGGAUAUUAAUAAACUAAAUAACUUGAUUAAAACAAAAUGUUUCAGAUUAUAUAUUUAUUUAGGAUAUUAUCUAUUAUUGCUUGGAUUAUAAUUAUAAAUUUUCAUUAUGUCACAUGUCAGUCAGAUUAUUUAACAUCAACAAAUUUGAUACAGCUACAUCCUGAAAGUCAAUCAGUUACACUCAAUAGUACAGUACGGUUACAAUGUCGUGUACGUAUGCUGAUAGAUCCAGACACAGGAGCAGGUGUACAAGUUUAUUGGUCUAAAAAUGAUUUUGGUAUUGGUGGUAAUCGUGAAGAUAUUCAAGAGUAUGGACGUAAUUCACGAUAUGAUUACUCUCGCUAUGAUUUACCAUACAACUUGAAGGAAGGACAAUAUGAUUUACAAAUAAUGAAUGUAGAACUAUCAGAUGAAGGUUCGUACGUAUGUCAAGUGAAUUUUAUGCGACAACAAUAUCUAAGUCAAACAGCAGUCUUAACAGUACAAGUUCCAUCUGAAGCACCACAACUUGUGCAAAUAACUAAUGAAGGUAAAGGUCAACGAAUAGAUAUUGGUCCGUCACGGCCUGCAAUUGUUGAUGAUGGAAGUAUUAUGGUUCUUGAAUGUAUUGCUCGUCAUGGUAAACCGGGAGCAUUGCUUACAUGGUUUAUUGACGGUGUUCAAGUAAAAUUAGAAUCGAAUCCUGACAGUACACCUGGAUCAUUUAUUUCUGGUUUCUCUGGUAACUUAACAUUUCAACUUGAAGCAUCUGCUAAAAUACCAAGACUAGUUGAUGCAACUAGUUCAAUGAGGGCACAUUUAAAUAAAUUACAUCAUGGCAAACUUGUUGAAUGUAGAGCAGAAAAUACUGGAUAUGAAAUGCAUACACUUCGUCCAGCUCAGACAAAAAUUGAAGUACAUUACGCUCCUGUUGUGAGUAUACAAGUACGGCCCUCACGACCUGACAAUCAAUUUAUGGAACAUGACAUUAUUACUGUUGAAUGUACAGCACACGGAAGACCAGAUUCAUUCUUCUGGGAAUGGUAUGUAAAUGGACGUCAAGUUGAAAAUAUCGCCGAAUCAUGGUAUCGUCUCCGAUUAACACGUGAAUUACAUCAAUCUGUAUUUCGGUGCAUUGCAAUUUCAAAUAAAAAAGGCGUUGCUGAAACAACAAUAAAAGUUAAAUUUGGGCCUCAAUUUCAUCAAGCUUCAGCUUUACUAUUCACAGCAUCGCUAGGUGAAGAUGUUUUAAUGGAUUGUCCAGCAAUAGGUAAUCCAACACCGCAUAUUGAAUGGAGACGUGAAGGUGGUAGGGAAGUUCUUUCACGCAGUGUUUCACUGAAACGUGAAAAUUUAAAAGAAGAAGAUUUUGGGACGUAUAUAUGUACAGCUUUUGUACCGGAAUUCCCCCCUGUAUCCAAACAAAUGUAUAUAGCUAGACGAAAACCUCCUCGUAUUCAACCAAAUCCAAUAGUUCAUGCAUAUUUAGGUCAACCAGCCAGAUUACGUUGUACAGUGAAUUCAGUGCCACUUCCACCUUCUGGUCAAACGCAUUGGUAUUUCAAUGGUAAUCCGAUCCAGCCAGAUUCACAUCAUAAAUUUGAACAAGAAGAAUUUAUCGGUGGUGUGGUACUUGUUCUUCAUAUUGCACAUGUGAUGAUGAGUGAUUUCGGUCAAUAUAAUUGUUCUGUAAAGAACGGCUAUGGAUCAGAUUGGAAAUUAAUACGUCUCAGUCAUCAAGAAGAUAUCCCAAUUCAGUUUAUUAUCGGUGCAGCGGUCACUGUCGGGAUUCUGUUAAUAGUAGGAUUAAUACUUCUGUGUAUAUGCCGUCAAAGAGUAUGUGGAUUUCGUUAUAAUAAAGGUAAUCGCACUAAACAGCCAUCAAGGAGUUCUUUACAAGAUUAUGGUGUAGUGAAUUCAGAUUUUAUAACACGUGCUUAUACGCCAAAUAUGCAUUAUCGUCAAGAUCCAUAUCAGUGUUAUUCAAAUAAUCCAAGCUUAAAUAAAUCAUUUGCUCGUUAUGCUUUCGAUGGUACAGAUCAGGGAUCUAUGCGUAUACCCAAGGAUCAAUCAGAAAACUGUUUUUAUGAAACAUCUAAAGAAGAUAUGUGUGCUAAUACUUCUGUUCCUGUAGGUAUUUCCGCUACAUACUGUUCAAGUUUACCAUCUUGUCAAUUUUUACAACCCAUAUGUAACGGAAGUACUCACAUUUCAAGUUUAAACCAUCGAAUGUUAUCAUCGGAUCAUUCAUCUUUCUUAACUAAUUGUUCUAAUUUAUUGCCAACCUCUGGAUUAAUUCAAACUCCCCCACCUGAUUUCAUACCGGAAUCUAUUAAUUUACAAUCAUGUGGAAGUAACAACAAUUUAAUAGGAAAUAACAGUUGCCUUUUUUCAACUAAUAAUCAUUUACUAGCAAAUCUUCCACAAAUUACAACAUUGGAUUUAACCAAUGGUAUACCUACACAUACAUCAUCACACGGUUUAUGUUCAGGUGGAAAUUCGAUUAUCAGUGGACAUAGUUCUGUGGAUAAUAACAAUAACAGUAAUUCACGUACUCCUGUAAAUUCACAUUCAUCUCGAAGUGUUAACAAUCCACCACUUUCACCUGAUCAACAAUCAUCAUCAAUCAUUACAACAGAUCAUUCAGAACAUAUGGUGCCAAAGAUGGAGAAUCUAUCACAUUCACCUAUAACUUAUGGAGUUAACACAUCUAUUCAUGAAAUAGCCUAUUUAAUUAAUGAUCAUACAACAAAUGUUUAAUUGUAUGGCGAUGAAUAUUGUCCUUUUGCAUAUUUAUUAUUAUACAUAGUAUUUGUUAUUUUACAUCAUGUUGAUGUAGAACAAUAAUUGAACUGUCGUUUUUCUUUUUUGUGCCUUAAACAUAACAUUACACAUAAUCCCUGUCAAUAUUUGCUUUUAUUUCGAAAACACCUAUCUAGUCGUGUUUAUGUGGUAAAUAUGAACCUUAAUCUCUUUUAAAUCUAGUUCUACAGAGUAUCAUUACUACAUGUAUCACACUAACAUGGGUUAUAAAAGUUCUCCCCCUGUAUAUAUUAUUUCAUCUAACAAAUGCAAGAAUACAUCUACUAUUGUUUACAUAUUCAUCAAUGUAAGGUAACAUAAUUCUUCCCUACUCAGUAUGAUUAAAGAUAACAAAAUAGGAAUUAUAUUAACUGUUUUAACUAUUCUGUACAAUUGUAGCUGUAUCAGAUUACAAUAAGAUGCUUUAUUUAUAUGAGACUCUAUCACCGUGAAGUUAGAUUUGUUAGAAUACUUCAAUGUUUAAUCUCAGAUAUGAGUUCAAAGUUGUAAUGAAUGGUAGGAAUAUUACUCCUCAAAAUCAGGG